GAAGAUUCUUCCUUCAUCCCCCACACAACAACCUUUCUUCUUACCACCAACAACCUUUCUUGCUCAAUCACCUUCUUCACAACUACAAUAGCUCUUCUUCUUUGGGAGAUCUUCAACUUCUUUCUUCAAACAACUACAUCACGACAACCUCCUUCCUCAAGCACCUCCUUUGAAACAACAAAUUUCUUCUUCAAAGCUCCACCACAAUACUUCAGCUUCCUUAUCCAUCGAAGCUUACUUGUCCUUGAUUCCUCGCAACACAACAACAGAAUCAACUUGAAGUAAGCACCAUCCAUCACCCUUUACCCCAGAUCGAAACCCUCACAAGCACAAUAUCAUUCUUUGAACCAGAUCGACCCCCUCCAAACACGAUCCAUCUCCCUUUGCCCCAGAUGGAUCCCCUAAAAUUGAUUUGAUCCAUCACCCUCAACUAACUCCACUUCUUUAUUUGAUAGACCCAAUACAGACAUCAACACCCAACAAGAUGUCUCAAGGUUUCACUGCUGUGAACGUCCCUCAUGAGGACGAGGCCCAUAUGGGGUCUCUAGCAAUCGCUUCAUACAAAGAGGAUAUGGAGGACAUGGAGGACAACGCCGGCGAUUCCGAUGCUACUGAGACUGUGGAGCAAGCCUCCUCCAUGACACCCGCACCCGCCCCGAACACCACCAAGAAGCGUUCACCCAAGAAUGCCCAAACCAACGCAGAUGGUACUCCUGCGCCAAAAACUCCUCGCAAGAACGCAAAGCAGAAGGAACUCAACGAGGACAGCACUCUAGUCGUCAAAGCCACCUCAGCUCGCAAGAAGCCUGCACCCAAGUUGGAUGAAGACCGAAAUGUCAUCCCCAAGCCCCAUCGCAAGAAGGCUGAGCCAAAGCCGAAGACUGGUCCAAAUAUAGAGCCUCUCCCCAAGACUCCGCGCAAGUUUACCAAGAAAGUCAAGAGCGGGGACAAGGUCGUCGACGACGAUGCUGCUGAUGUGGACAUGGCUGGCGACAUGGUCAGCAAUAUGGUGGGUGACAUGGCCAGCGCCAAGAUGCGUGGCUUCGGGGAUGAGGAUUCCUCUGCCCUGAAAUCUUACUACGCACCCACGCCCAAUGGAGGCAGCAGUCCUGUUAUCGUUGCUGAGGCGCCAAUGACUCCCAAGGUGAAGAAGGCAGCCCUUGCUGCAACCGGUACCCCUGGUGGCAAGAAGAAGCGCGCUGCUGAGGAAGAUGGCGAGAUGGAUCCUUUCACCACGCCAACAAAGAAGAUCAAGGCCACGGCUAGCACCCCAAAGAGCGGCAAUGGAAAAGGCACAGCUAUCGCAACUUCCAAGGACCAGCUCACCGAUGAGGAUAAGAUGAUGAUCCAGUGGAGAAAGGAUGGCAAGGGCUGGCCUGAGAUCCGCAAGAAGUGGGGUGAGAUGACCGGCAAGCCACCCGGAAAUAGCACUCUCCCCAACCGCUACAAGCGCCUGCUGACCAACAUCAUUGACUGGAAGGAUGGUGAUCUUGAGCGUAUGCUCGUUGCCGAGCAGAAAGUGACCAAAGCUUUCGCAACUGAGCUGUAUGGGCGCAUGGCCACUGUGAUGGUCCAGCUUGGUGGAGAUACUUACACCGCUGCGGCCGUUGAGAAGGCCUUCUUGAAAGAGAAGCGUGAAGGCUUUCCCCACGCGGCAACCAUCGACGAGGUCAUGAAAGGCCCUGCGGCUCCGGCUGGCGAUGAUGAUGAUGAGGAUAUUGACCAGGCUGUCAACGGCGCCGCAAUCUCGGUCACUGAAGAUGAGGGCAUGAAGGCCAUUGACCAAGUCAUCGGUGGUGGCGCUGUCGUGAAGCGUGACGAUGAGCCCAUGGAGGAUGCUGAGACUCCAGAUGUGGAAAACUCGGACGGUGGAGUUCCGAUUUCGCCUGGGCACCGUCUCAAGCCCGAGGGUACCAAAGGCGAAGAUGAUGGUAAAAUGGACUCCGACAUGGUUUAAAUCUCAUUCUUCGAUGUGUGUCGACUCGCCGUUUGGCAUUUUUGAAGCCUCACCUCGCCUUCUCCGAUCUGAGUCCGGAGCACACCUUUCACGUUCUGCCAGUGCCUUUUUAUCGUCAUCGACUCCCCUGAGCUGGUUGUGUCUAGGCACAUUCCCAGUCACUGAAGUCUUUCUACCAUACGGAGCAUCGCUGUGCGAACGUCACUUACUUUACGAAUACGAAAACAUGGUUAUAUAUCUCUCACGCGCUCUGCCGGAUCCGAGACACGGUAUAUACGAAACUCUCAUCACCAAGAACAAUUGUCCCUCAUGGGGUCUGGCAUCUGCGUGCGUGCUUGUUUUUCAAAAUUGGUUUUCUGAGAUUUUACAUCCCAUGGUGGAUAUAUGGGGGUGGCAUACCUGGAUAGGAUGGAACGGGAGGUUUCUGGGGGACGAAUAUUCAGUUGCAAGAAUGUUGUUUUUUCUCUGGCUUUGCUCAUAAUUGCUCCCUUGCUCACACGAAAGUAUACAAAUAGAUUUCAAAAUUUGGC